UGAUACGAUGCACCGCGGCGGCACAUCACCGCUAACAGCUCCUGUUGCUAAUGUAGUACGUAGUCCGAAUCUCGUCAACAGUUUUUUGACGUUUCAAGUAUUUAUUACUCACCUUUGUACCUCGUUCACAUUGGCAUGACGUGUACGUGAUAAUGGAAACGGAGGCAGAAGUAAUUAAUAAUUUCGUUGAUCCAUCGCCGAUGAUUACUUUUUAUGAAUUGUUGCCAUUUAUCCAACAAUUAAUUAUCGGAGCCCUAUUGCUGUUCAUAACGUAUUUAUACUGGAUGUUGUACUUUAAGGAAUCUCCUUACACGCAUCAGCUAAGGGCCGACAAUGAAAAACACUUCACGGAUGAAAACGGCCAACAAGUGCUGUUCCCUAGUCUGAAAGACGAAUGCACUCUGGAUUUGUCGGUCAUAGUGCCUGCGUUCAACGAACAAGACAGGAUAAGGCCAAUGCUCGAAUCAUGCUUACAUUUCUUGACUGAUGCCAAUCGAAAAUGUACGUUUGAAGUGAUUGUUGUUAGUGAUGGAAGUACUGACAAGACAUGUGAUGUUGUCAUGGAAUAUGUGCAACAAUAUAGUUCAGAUCGGAUACGUCUUUUAAAAUUAUUGCAAAACCGUGGAAAGGGAGGAGCAGUUUGUAUGGGAAUGCAAAGUGCACGUGGACGUACUUUGUUAUUUGCUGAUGCUGAUGGUGCAACAAAGUUUGAAGAUUUAGAAAAAUUAGAAAUAGCAUUACACAACUUAACGUCAAAUGAUAUUACUGAAUAUGGUACUAAGUUACAUGCAGUUGUGUGUGGUUCACGUGCCCAUUUAGAGUCAGAAUCUAUUACUCAAAGAAGUAUAUUUCGUACUUUUUUGAUGAUGUGCUUUCAUACUCAUGUCUGGUUAUUUGGUGUACGUUGUAUCAAAGAUACACAAUGUGGCUUUAAACUAUUCACACGACCAGCUGCAAGAAUUUUGUUCAAUAAUUUACACGUUAAUGGAUGGGCUUUUGAUGUAGAGAUGUUAUAUAUUGCUGAAAAGUUGAAAUUUAAAUUAGUUGAAGUACCAGUUCAUUGGACAGAGAUUGACGGCUCAAAAAUAGUUCCUGUGUGGAGUUGGCUGGAAAUGGGUCUUGAUGUAUUCAUAAUAUGGUUUAAGUAUCGCAUUGAAUCAUGGGUGAUACGCAAAUAAAGGACAAAUCAACUUGCAUAUUUAUAUCAUUUGUUUUUCUCUUAAGUUAUUAUAAAAGUAUGUAAAUUACAUACUUGGUUGUGUUU